ACCUUAGCCCUUCCCCAAUCGUGGCAUCAUGAGCGAUGAGCCGUUUCUGCGUUGUGGAUCCCUCGGCGGGGUUGAAGGAACGGUGCUCCGUUUGUUUGAUAGCCCCCGAGAAAGAACGAAAGAAAGGAGCGAGCGAGUGUGAGACAUGCCGAGGAGCGUGCUUGCCGGUUCCAUUUCUUCCCCUAAGAUCGAUGUUGUCAUCGACACGGGAAAUCCCUUCCUUAACCGCACCGUCGACGGCUUCCUCAAGAUCGGAACUGUCGCCGCUUCCAAGGUUGCCGUGGAGGAAACCUACCAUUGCAUGGAUAAAGGGAGUAUCAGCAAGGGAAAACUAGAGGCUGCUCUGAAGAAGAUGUGUAAAGAGGGAGUAUAUUGGGGAACUGCAGCUGGGGUAUACGCGGGAAUGGAGUACGGUGUGGAAAGGAUCCGUGGUAAACGAGACUGGAAGAAUGCAACGCUUGGUGGUGCGAUAAGUGGGUUGCUUAUUUCAGCAGCCAGCAAUAAUGGAAGAGACAAGGUUAUCAAGGAUGCUAUCACCGCUGGUGCUGUAGCUACUGCUGCUGAAUUUAUCAACUAUUUCACUUGAUGUGUUAUCAGAUCACCUUGUAGUUUAUGCAAUUAGUUAUGUUAAAUGAUUCCGUCGCCGUGCUUGUCACCUCUCAUCUUCACUUGAUCAAUGAUGUUGAGGAUCUGGAUCAAGUGGAAAUCAUAUAUGGGUGACUAUCCUUGUAGUGAACAUUUCCCUAUUUAAUAAAAUGAAGGCUGGAGCAGAGUCUGUAUGAUUCGUGUUUUCAUUUCUA